AUGGAAUCCAUAAACCCUAAAGAUCACCGGAAAGUAUCUUGGUCGGAAUUACCACCGGACCUCUUAAUAUCCGUCAUAGAACGCCUUGAUCUCCGAUAUGAUAUCUUCAACCUCUGGCGAGUUUGUAAGACAUGGAGGACAACAGUUUCUCAUACCCUAGUCUCGGAAAAUAUCUUAUCCCCUCUCAUCCCACACUGUUACCCCUCCGGUGAUGCAACGACAACCGACUUAAGAGUGGGUAUGGGUUCGGUUAUCCGAAUUCAAUCCCUUGUCAACCCGAAUCUACCACCGUGUUUAUUAACCGUUAUUGAAAUUACUUCUGGUAAGCUCUACAUCAAAUCUCCCCUUUUCCACCAUGUUGCCACCAGACAACAAUUCAAUCCGUAUCCUCACAAUCUCCCCAAAGAUUUCCCACACGUUUUGGAUCUCUCCCGUUUUCAUGUAUCGGAAUUGAGUCGGUUCCAUAUUUUGAUAUAUAAAAUCAAGUCUAUGCUAACCAUCAAGUAUAAGGUGGUACUAAUUAAGGAUCCGAAUUGUGAAAGUCGGGCUACGAUUAAUAACUACACUCUUGUGGAGAUUGUGGAGAUGUCUCAAGGCCAAUCCUUGUCAGCAACAAGGUUUGUUGCAAAUAAUGUCGUAGAAAAACAUGAUGUUAUUUUCGAGACGAAAGAAAGGAUAAAGAUGCGUGACUUGGUCGAAUUCAAAGGGAAGAUUUAUGCAGUUGAUAACGUUGGUAUUUUGUAUUCGAUGGAUUAUCAUACGUUAAAGAUGUCAAAGAUUACAAAAGUUGACACCUUUAAAAGUAAGAAAUAUUUAGUUGUAUCAUCAUCAAGUGAGUUAUAUUUAGUUUGUAGAAAACGGACGAGAAAGGUUAAAUCUGAUAAUUUUUCGGUGUUUAAGCUGAACGAGGAGUUAAAGAAAUGGGAUAAGAUUACAAGUAUAGGUGAUGAUAAGAUAUUGUUUGUUACUUUUAAUGGUUGUUACUUCGUCUCGACCAAUGAUUUUCCGGGAUGGAAAGGGAAUUGUAUUGUAUUCCAUUAUGAUAAGUAUAUUCGUACUUUGAACAAAUAUGUUGUUGGUGUUUUUCACCUUGACAGUGGUGAUUAUGGAACCCUAGACUCUUUUCCGGGUUAUUCUAACGUGUUAUGGCCACCACCGUCGUGGAUGUGGACCGAUACAUGUUCGUCCACAGGGGGAGAUUAGUUUUUAUUUUAUUUUAUUUUCUUUUCUUUUUUAUCGCGAAUAAGCCACAACUAGGAUUAUGGAAAGAAAAGUGGUUGCUUAUUUGAUUCUG